AUGAAACAACAAGUAGCAAGAUCAAAACCAUACAAAGACAGAAGAGAGAUAGUUCUAUCAGCUGGUGCUUCUAAGAGAAUGAUUUCUCAAUGUAUUAAAUUAUCAAGAAAUAGGUGGAUUUCUCAAACCUCAGAUAAGUUCAAAAUAAAUGAUACACUUCCCUCAAAAUCUCGUAUUACAAUGAUGAGGGGCAAUGUAGUCUCAAUCCCACCAAACAGAAGUUUUAUUCAUGCCACUCCUCAGAACUUUAACAACGCUGAGAGAAUGGACAAUACUGUCUACAGCGUACAACCUUGGAAAAAGUGAGUAAUCAGAAGACAGAAAAGACAUCAGAACCCUCAGAUAUCUAAACUCCACAAUGGAUGCAUGAAAAUGAUCUUUUCUGAAGCCACACCAGACAAGAAAGAAGUUGAACAAAUGUGGCUAAAACUGAAUGAUUUAAAUGGAUCGGAUACAAACUCAUUUUCUUCCUCUAGUAAAAAUACCAAUUUCAAGAGUAAAGGUACUCUCAAAUCAUUAAGCACUACUGCUUACUCUGAAGAUCCUUCAGAGAGUUUUCAUACUCAGAGCAAGAUGAUCCUUGGAUGAAGAGGUUAUCUCAGUGAUAAAAUCACAAAGUCAAUUAAAAAGGGCCUUAAAUUUGGAGACACGAGAAGAAAGCUUAUCCUGAAGGAAGUUGAUAAACAGAUCCGAAGCAAGGGAUCGAUCUUUUUAGAGAAUGCUGAUUCUGAAGCAGAAUUUCUUCCUAACAAAGAGAGGAGGAGUUCCUCUAAGAUUUACCAAAGAAGUGUCCAGCCCAAAAAGGCAAGUGCAGCAGACAAGGAAAAGCUUGGUAUUUUUCAGAUGUUAAGGCGACCCAAUCCCGUCCUCAGAAAGGACCAGAAAGUUCCAAAUAACUGGAGCUUUACAAAUGAAUAUAGCAUCUUCGCAGACUCUUGUCAGAAAAGAGCCAAAAAGAUGAAGAACAAGCAAAGAAGGAUUAUUUCUGAGGAACAUCAAUUCUGUCCCUCAAAAUUUGUUGUGAACAGAAACUUGAAGAAUUCUGACUCAUUUAAUUGUUCAAUGGGUCUUCAUCAGAAUUCGGACCAUAAGAAGAUGGCCCAGGAUCAGAUUUCUCCUACAAAGAUUCGCUUUCUCAACAACCAGAGCAGCUUAACAAACACUGAGAUGAGAUUUUUUAGAAACAAAGACCUAGCUGAUUUCUGAAACUCGAGGCAAAUCUGUACUUAAAUGUCCUGAAUGAUCGAAUCGAAUAUUGGAUGUAAAUUUAGGCUAAUAGUUC